AUGGAUCAAACUAACUACACUACAAAGAAUAAGAGAUCAUUAUCUCAAUCUUCUCAAUAUUAUACAAAUUCUAAACUAUCAUGCGAAGAAAUAAUAAAUAAAAUGGAAAAUGAACAAGAUGCUAUAGUGGUUCGUCUAUUAAGAGAAAUUAAUUACCUGAAACAGGAAAAUACUAAAUUAAGAAAUCAACUAAAUAAUAAUCGUAGGAAAUUUCGUCGCCAUUCAACGGGCACAUCGUCUGCCUCUACUAAUAACAUUGAUGAUGAAGUAAUAAUUGACGAUGAUGAUACCAAUAAUAAUAUGGAAGAACUUUUGCCAUUGACCCCAAGAAGAUCAUUUAAUAAUGGAAGCACGUAUACAACUCCAAUUUCAUCACGUAGACCAAGUAACGUUAAUUCAAAUACUAUUUUCCCAAUACAUACACCUGCAUCCUCGUCGUCGUCGUCUUCUUCUUCUUCUGCUAAUAUCAACUCAAUAACAGGGAAUUUCUUAAGACCUAAGAAAUUCACAUUUUCUCAUAUCCCUUCUUCUUCAAAUGGUUCAACAAUUGUUUCAUCGUCCUCAUCUGCCGUAGGGAUUGAAAACUUAUCAAUAAAUCAUUACAAUCAUAACAAUCACACGAAUAAUAGAAAGAGAAGAACUUCAAGUACACUUUCUUUAGAAAAUAAUCCUCAUUUUAAAAAUCAUGAAAAGAAAGUUAAUGAGAUACUACCAUUGAGAUAA